AGGAAAACAGAAGUUAAAAGUCAGUAAACAUGGUGCAGGCCAGGAAGGGAGCAAGGCUCAGGCAAAUACAUCUCAGAAACUAAAACAAGAUGUUGGUGCUAGUUUUAAUGGAGUCUCCACAACACCAGGUACAGCCAAACAAAAACAUUCAAUGUUGAUAAUGUUUUUAACCCAUUACGAGCCAGCACUCGUCUAGCGAUAGACAGAGUAAAAUAAUAAAGUUGUGUGCAUUAGGACACAAUGCAUCUUAAUGGUCAUUGAGUAUGUGUUAUUAUUAUUAAUUUUUAUUUGUUCCCAUAUGGGCUUUUCAACACUCAAUUACAAAAUUAUUACAAAUAUGUAUAUAUAAUGUAAAAUUAUAUGUUUUAAUUAAAUACUAACUAAUAUGUUCUAUAUUUAAUUAUAAUGAAAAUGAUGUGCCAGUGUAAGAACAAGUAAAAUCGUCUGGCGUUAGACAGAGUAGAAUAACAAAGUAGGGUGCAUUAGGGCAAAUAACUAGACACAUGGGCAGUAUGGCAUGAGCCCCCCAGAUGAGCUUAUAUCGCUCUUGGGGCGAAUGCAUAAAUAUGUUUAAAUAAAAAAUAGUCUGAUUCACCAUUGAGCACUAGUGUCCUCCCCUUGAGGAGUAAAAUUGUCUGGUGUUCAACAGAAUAAAAUAAUUAAUAAAGGAGAAUUUCAACCGUCGAAAUUCUCCUUAUAUUUUUCAGGUAGUUGUAUCCCUACUAACAAAAGCUUGUUCAUAUUAUUGCCACUACUGACACAGACACAAUUUAAAAUAACAACUUAUGGUGCAUUGGGGGGACAGUGCAACAACAUGAUGGGUUAAUUUAAAGAGGGGUCCGUAAGGAGACGUCUGACCGUACACUGUACAUUCUUAACAAAGUCUGUUCAUUCUAGACCUACCACGAAAAGAUCUUUUCAAAGCUGGUCAUCGUCCUGCUAAUUCCAGUGCCAAGGUUUGGAAAAUUUGAGAAUAGACAAUGCGUUUAUCUGCAAAUAUUCAUCCUCAGUUUCAAACAACUAUGUGUGUCCAAAUCUUGUCUUACAUUUUCAUAUUUUCCCGUUUAGUGUGUAGCAAACUUCCCUCGUCGAUCAAGGCUCUCAAAAUCAUUACCCGAAGUGUUGGUCGACAGCUCGAUACUGCCGUUAUUUUUGGAAUUCCUGUACAAACAGGGUGCCCAAAACGUUCUCAACUUUUGGCUUUCUGCCGAGACCUUUCGAUUGUCUAGCCGAGACAAAAAUGUGUCCAGUUAUAAAUCAAGAUUAAAGUUAACAACAAAGCAGGAUUUAACAGGCAGUACAGACAUUUUUAAUAUGCAAAAUAGUUCAAGACUUGGAAUUCCAGCAUUUCAAAUGGAGAGACAUGAUAAUUCAAGUGAAACAAGUUUGCAAAAUAGUCGGAGUUUUUCAAGUGCUGGCACUAACGAUGAUAGCUCUACCAGUUUUAAAUCUGGUAAUGAAGGUCUGAGAACACAAGCUAAUAUACCAUGUGUGAUGUCACAGAGCAAACUUGAAGUUUCAGAAGCCAUGCAAACUUCACCUGACUGUACUACAGAAAACGCGUCUUCUUAUGAUUCAAGUCGUAAGGAUGUCUCUAGCCCUCUAAUAUAUAAUUCAAUGAAUUCAAAUUUAACUUUACCCAACCUCAAUGAGGAUAAUGGUGCAAGGUUGGGUUCAAUAUCACCAAUAAGUGCUGGCCAUAGCACAUGUACAGAUGCAUCAGCUCUGGUGGUAUCUCCAUUAAGUACCAGCAGUAUUGACCAGUCUGAGGAGAAAUCUUGUGAAUCAUGUAACUCGGACAUAAGUGACGAAACUUCAUUUGAUACCAGCGAAUGUAGUGCAGUACCAUUUACAAGUGAACUACAGGCAGAAGGGAACAUGGUUUCCGCAAGUCCAAAUGAACUAAGUUGUGCAGACAAAUCACGAGGUGACGGAAGUGCAUCGGAAAUAUUUCAUCCACAAGUUCAAUUGAUAAGACAAGAAAGUAGCGACACAAGGGAACGCCGACGGAUGUCAAAAGGUUUGUUGUUUCAUGUCUAUAGCCCCACCAUAGUGCUGUGUAGCUCCUGUGUUUUCUGGCCAGCCAGAGUUGCGGUUCUUUCUCCCGGCUCCAGCUGGAAAGUCGGAAUGACAAGAAAUGUGACAGAUUCGUAGAAUGGGUGAUUCAGCUACAGACUAAAUUUUGAUCAAGGGAAGAAGAACGAAAUCCAACACCACAGCUAGAAAGAGCAUCUUAGAAUGAGUAAAACUGCAAAGAUUGGUUGCAAAAUGUGGUAAAAUGAAGAAAAUAUAGCCCUGUGAAGUUCGCAAAUUUUGUAUAUAUUUGUUUUACGCGCGGUAAAAAUAACCACUUUCGGCUCAAAAAUGGUCAUUUUUCCCGCGCGUAAUGCAAAUAUAUACAAAAUUUGCGAACUUCACAGGGCCAUAUUUUCCUCAUUUUACAACAUUUGGCAACCACAUUUUUCAAUUUUACCCAUUUUAAGAUGCUCUUUCCAGCUAUGGUAAUGGAUUUCGUUCUUCGAUCUUGUCUAGAUCAAAAUCAACCUUGGAUCAAAAUUUCGUCUAUAGCCAGGGUUUUCAGUUUUGUGUGAGGCUCUGGCUAAUGGCAAUGAAGCUAUGGUAAAAGGGAAAAGCCUAGACUAUGUAGACUGGACCUGAGUUAAGUUUCACAAUCAAUUCGUGCACAUGGAUUAUAUAUUUAUGUAAAAGCUCUGGCGAAUUUGGGUGGGGCUGAAUGAAAAAGUCUGGCGAAAUUCGCCGUUCGCUGGCCUAAACUGAAAACCCUGAUAUAGCUGGAAUCGUGUAUUAGUAUUGACGAAUUAAGGGGCUUCGCUCGAAACAUCGAAGUUCUCCUUGUAUUUUUCAAGUAGUUGGUUGUAUCCCUACCAUUCCGAAGCUAUCUGAUGAAUCAUUGCAGCCUUUAUUCGAGCAUUACCUGUGCCUUUUCAAUGAUUAUAACUUUCUCUGUUAUAAUAUGUUUAGUGAUGAUGGAUGAUGCUGUGAGUAUAUAUCGUCAUUUCAUAUCACUCGACGCAACACAACCUCUGGGUGUCGAUGAAAAUAUGAGAAGAGAGGUUGAAAGCAAUAUCUGCACUGAAAACGGCAUCAUUGAUCCAGACUGUUUUAAAGUCGCUCAGAAGUUUGCAUUUAACACUUUACAAAACAGGUCAGUAUUAAAGAUGAAUUUUGUUGUUAGGUUUUGCAAACAUGAGCACUUGGCUGAAACAGCGCGAUGCCCCUUAUCAUUGAGUUGAGCCUGCUACUGAAGAUCAAGGCCAGGGUAUCAGCCCUUCAGGUAUCCGUUUCAAGUCCUGGCUAAUAAUAAUUUGGGUGUGGCCAAUACUGUUUUGCUCUACUGAGACUCCGGCUAUUAAUUGAUGAGCGAAGCGAGUAUGCAAAGAAUGGAAGGUAGCAGCUUCAAGAGGGCUGUGAGUUGAAUGGUGGGCAAAGGCUUGCAAGCUUUGUCUAUUUGGUAUAUUGUCCGGGUGCAAGACCGGGCUAAAAAUUUCAGCUUGUCAUGACUGCAAGUACCGCCGGCCUAAAACAAGUAAUCGCCGGCCUAAAACAAGAUGGGUGGGGUAUUAUUUAGCAUGGGUGACUACCCUCAAGUACAAGGGUAGACUGGUUUUCCUAACCAAAAACUAAUCCUCCCAACUUUGCUGUACUCGAUGAUCAGACGUGGGUCCUAUGGUGUCAGCCAGAGGCGUCCUAGUAAUUUCAGCACUCGGCUGCAAGAGAAAAUGAUUAGCACCUUUAAACUAGAGAAAUCAAAUUUUUUUUUUAGAUAUUUUGAUGAUUUCAUCCGUAGUUCAUACUACCAUAAACACAUCAUGGACAUUUUGACAAGUGGCAAAGUUUUCCUGGCAGACAUAAUGUAUAAUGAUAAUGCGAUGUUCUAUUUUAUGGAGGUACAGGAGGAGUAAUAUAUGAUUGAAUUGACUUGUGCAAGCUUUGUUUCGUCUUAGGAACACUAUAGUAUAUGUGUGAUUUUGAUGUUUCAAGCGAUUUCAAAAAGCAUGUCUUUUUACUUUAGUUUAUAGAACAAGAGGAGAAGAGCUAUCUUCUAGCAUUCUGGAUUGCUGUUGAUAGUUUCUGGCAAGAAUUGCAGUCAAAAUUGGACAGUAAAGAAUAUAAUGCUGAUGAAGCAUUAGACGAUGCUAUGGUUUUGUAUGACAAGUAAGUUGAAUUUUCAACAUUAAAAUGUUGAAACUGGUUUAAAUCUGAAACGCCGAAUUAUAGUAAGAAAAAGUUAGACGCAGUAAGUGUCUCUGUAAUUCGUGCAAUCGUUUAGGGAAAGAAAAAAUUCCUGCAUAGAUUCUACACCGUAAAAAAAGUUCCACAAAGAUCCGGUGCAACUAAUGGUCUUUUUGUUUUUCUACCCCUUGUAAGUUUUUUUACUGCAAUAUGUAGAUUUUUAUUAAGUAGUUUAUCUACCAGGUAUUUCUCGAUGCAAGCAAGCAAUUCGCUGGGUGUGAGUGACGAGACAAGAAUACGGAUUGAAAAUAAGAUUUGUCGCGAAGGAGGACCACUACCUGAUUGUUUUGAAGAACCGAUGGAGAAUGUUUUGACACUUCUUGAGGAGGUAACGCCGUGUUCAAUAUGUGCACAUCUCUCUGUAUCUGUAUAGUAACACUGGAUCAAUUAAAGGAUGAUCCUUACUGGAUCUCUGGGAAGAACAGUUUAGAACUGAUAGAACUAUCUGGUAUAAAUUAAGUUAGUUUAGUUUAGGUUUCCUCCUGUAGUAACACUGGAUCAAUAAGAGAUGGUUCUUACUGGACCUCUAGGGAGAACAGUUUAGAACUGAUAGAGCUAUCUAGUAUAAAUAUAGUUAGUUUAGUUUAGGUUUUUUCCUGUAGUAACACUGGAUCAAUAAGAGAUGAUCCCUACUGGAUCUCUAGGAAGAACAGUUUAGAACUGAUAGAGCUAUCUGAUAUAAAUAAAGUUAGUUUAGUUUAGGUUUCCUCCUGUAGUAACACUGGAUCAAUUGUUAAAUUAAAUUAAUUAAUUAAUUGAUCAAUAAGAAACUUUCCUUACUGGACCUCUAGGAAGAACAGUUUAGAACUGAUAGAGCUAUCUGAUAUAAAUGAAUUUAGUUUAGUUUCCCCCUGUAGUAACACUGGAUCAAUAAGAGAUGACUCUUACUGGAUCUCUAGGGAGAACAGUUUAGAACUGAUAGCGCUAUCUAGUAUAAAUAAAGUUAGUUUAGUUUAGGUUUCCUCCUGUAGUAACACUGGAUCAAUAAGAGAUGAUCCCUACUGGAUCUCUGGAAGAACAGUUUAGAACUGAUAGCGCUAUCUAGUAUAAAUAAAGUUAGUUUAGUUUAGGUUUCCUUCUGUAAUAGCACUGGAUCAAUAAGAGAUAACUCUUGCUGGAUCACUAGGAAAAACAGUUUAGAACAUUUAUAAAUAAAGUUAGUUUGUUUAAUAGCAGUGUAUUAGAGGAAGGACUUAUGCUUUUUAAUUUCAGGUAUAUUUUCCAAUAUUUCUGGACAGCAGUGUUUACAUGAAAUAUUUGAACGAGUUGUUCAGUUCAGUAACUGAUGUUGAUUCAGAUCGAACCAGCACGUGUGCAGAUGAUUGCAGCAGUACGGCGAGCACAAGUGAGACUUCGAAACUUAUGGAAUCUUUAGUAAAUGAUGUGGAACCACUCGAAGACCCAGACGAGAUUUGGCAGCGACCACACUUUGGGUAAGAGAGGGUUGGAGGGAGGAAGGAGUUGGGCAUAGGGAGGGGAAGAAGGAAGGGGGAGAGAGGCAAGGAGAGAGAAGGGCGAGAGAAAGGGAAGGAAGUGAAAGGGUGGAAGGAGGAGGAAGGGUAGAAGGUG